CGCUCAUUGGAAAAGCCCUCCGUUCAUUUGAUAUCCUCGUGACCGGGAGAUUCAUUCUGAUUACUGUUAUUGAGCCGAAGCAAAGCAAAGCCAUGGCGACGUCUCUAAUCCCCUCCGUAGCUGCACCACUCUCGUCUACCGUAACCGAUUCGCGAAGCCGAGAAGUGGGUUCUGGGAAUGGAUUCAUCAAGACUUCUUUCGUUUCUGGCACCAAGCACUUACUUCCUUCUCCUUCCCUUCCCAAUUUCAGAAGAACGACAGUCCGGAGAUUUACUCCUCCCACUGCUUCGACCUCGUUCGACCACAUACCUAAAAGGUUCAGAGAAGAGAACCUCAAAGACGGAUUAAUGGACAAUUACAAAAAUGCUCCCAAAUAUCUUUAUGGCUUAACUGCUUCACAAAUGGACAUGUUCAUGACGGAAGACAGCCCCAUCAGUCGACAAGCAGAGAAAGUCACAGAGGAAAGCAUUUCAUCUGCCAGGAACUAUUUGGAUCAAGGAGGAAUGUGGAGUCUGUCAGGCAUGAAGGAUGGGGGUCCUUCCAGGUAUAGUAUGAGUGUGAGCAUGUACCGUGGAGGAGCCAGAGGAUAUGGAAGACCCAGAUCUGCUCCUCCAGAUUUGCCAUCUUUACUAUUAGAUGCUCGGAUUUGCUAUCUUGGCAUGCCUAUUGUUCCGGCAGUAACUGAACUUCUUGUUGCUCAGCUCAUGUGGUUGGAUUAUGAUAACCCAUCAAAGCCCAUAUAUUUAUAUAUUAAUUCAUCUGGGACACAGAAUGAGAAGAUGGAGACUGUUGGAUCUGAAACGGAGGCAUAUGCAAUUGCUGACACCAUGGCUUACUGCAAAUCAAAAGUUUAUACAGUGAACUGUGGCAUGGCAUAUGGACAAGCAGCAAUGCUGCUAUCACUUGGAGCCAAGGGUUACCGUGCUCUACAGCCAAAUGCCUCCACGAAACUCUAUCUGCCAAAAGUCAAUAAAUCAAGUGGGGCAGUCAUUGAUAUGUGGAUUAAGGCAAAAGAGCUACAAGCAAACACAGAUUACUACAUCGAGCUAUUAGCAAAAGGAAUUGGGAAACCGAAGGAGGAAAUUGAGAAGGAUAUCCAACGACCCAAAUAUUUCCAGGCACAAGAGGCCAUUGCCUAUGGUAUUGCAGACAAAAUAAUUGACUCUAGGGAUGUUGCUUAUGAGAAACGAAAUUAUGACGAAAUGCUAGCUCAAUCAAAAGCCAUGAGGAGAACAGCAGGAGCUGGGCCACAAGCAGCACCCUCUGGAUUUAGGUAGAUGCAGAGUAAUGUAUGAAUAUCCCAGAAAGGUUGAACAGUUGAUUUUUUUUCUCUUGUUUUUUAUGUUAUAUAUGGAGUGGGCAAUAGAGGCUUUCGCUGGGCAUCUACCUUCUUGUUUGGUGCAUUAUUACACACACUCAUACUCAGUUCGAUGCUCAAAGGCCACAAAUGCCAAUACCUGAAAGAAGACAAGUCUACCAUUAUCAGACUACAGUGCCUGCCUGCUUAACUUGAAGUGGAGGUGGAGGAUGGUACGUACUUGUAUGCCUUAAUUGGGUAUUCUAUGCUUUACCAAAAAAAGGAAGUGAUUAAAGGCCUAUCGAAAAUUAAAAUGCUUACUUCUCACUCA